ACAGUUUCCUCUAAAUCUCUGUUGUUUCUGAGAAAACAAGGAAAAACUCUUGAUAAUCAACUCAUCAGAAACAUGAGACUCCUCCCGCCUCAAAUAAGUGGAAAGCAAUGUUUUUUUCUUCCUAUUACAUUAAGUGGAAAGUAUCAUCCUGUGCUCUUUGAUUUCGUUUAUAUGGCUUCGUUUUGCGAACAUAGAAAGAAACACCUACUGCAGUUUUUCUUCUUUGAAUGAGAACGGGUUCGCGCGGAUUUCCUUUUUUUUUUUUUUUGUGGUCUUUCUUUCUUUUUUGAAAACGUUGGUGGGUGUGGAUCAUGCUUCAUCUGUUGAUGCACCAUACAAUUUGAGUGACAGUGUCAUUAUUGUAAUAAAAAUUAUAAUUGUAUUAACGGCAACGAUUAGUAUUCAGGGAAAACUCAUGCUUCAUCAGUUGAUAUAAGGUUAAUCUUGGUUUAAAGUUGUGGUAUUGAACUACCAGUAGCCAUGUUUGGUCGUUGGAAAAAUUCUCAUCAUGAUCAGGAGAAUGAUCAGCUGCAGCCUGAGUUAAAGGUCAAUGAACUUAAGACUGCAAUCGGACCCCUAUCUGGACGUAGUUUACAGUAUUGCACUGUUGCAUGCUAUAAAAGAUAUUUGGAAGCUCGGAACUGGAAUGUAGACAAAUCAAAGAAAAUGUUGGAAGAGACACUCAAUUGGAGAUCAACCUAUAAACCCGAGGAAAUCCAGUGGAAUGAAGUUGCAAUGGAGGGUGAGACUGGAAAAGUAUACAGAGCAAAUUUUCAUGACCGACAUGGGAGGACCGUUCUAAUUUUGAGACCUGGAAUGCAGAACACUAAAUCUUUAGACAAUCAGAUGCGACAUCUAGUUUAUCUCAUAGAGAACGCCAUUCUUAACCUUCCAGAGGGUCAAGAACAGAUGUCAUGGUUGAUAGACUUCACUGGGUGGUCUAUAAGCAACUCUGUGCCCGUUAAAUCUGCUCGAGAUACUGUCAAUAUUUUGCAGAACCACUAUCCUGAGAGGCUAGGCAUAGCAUUUCUGUACAAUCCACCACGGAUUUUUGAGGCAUUUUGGAAGAUUGUCAAGUACUUCUUGGAGGCCAAGACAUUCCAGAAAGUGAAGUUUGUGUACCCUAAAAAUAAUGAUAGUGUGGAGCUCAUGAGGUCGUAUUUCGACGAGGAAAAUCUUCCUAAAGAGUUUGGGGGAAAAGCCAUGCUAAAUUAUGACCAUGAGGAGUUCACUAGACAAAUGACUCAGGACGAUGCCAAAUCCGCUGCCUUGUGGGGAUUUGAAAACAAGCUACAACAUGCUGGAAAUGGAUAUUCUGGAGCAGAGGUGGCUCCAGAGCCAGUGUGUCUUGCACCACUGGCCGGAUGAGCGAGGUAGCCUUCCUGUAUUCGUAAUAGAGUUUUAAACAUUCUAUCUAUGCCUGAAUGAUUCUUGACUAAAAGAACUAGUCUUUAUUCAACUCAGAGCAGCCAUAAAUGCUGUUCCAUGUUAAGGUAAACUGAUGCAAUCUUAACUGCAUACUAUUUAUAACGGGGAAUUUUGCCCAUGUAUACUUUUA